AUGGGUGUUGAUGGUUGUCAUUCAUUGAAAAAACGCAAUCUUCUAGAAAAUUUACAAACCUUACCUGAUAAAACUUCUCCUACACCGGUACCACCACCAUUUCAAGAUUUUCUAACAGUUACUAAUACAAAAAAACGAACACAUACAAGUUUAAGUAUAAGUAGUAAUACUAAUGAUAGUUGUGUUUAUCUUCCUCAUCAAACACCAUCACCAUUACUCGAUCAUACAAAUUACAAAUAUGCUAAAAUUCGUGCACGACCAAUUUAUAAUUUUAAAUAUAAUGAAGCAAGUAUUUGGACACAAUCAUCAUUGAAUUCAACAAAAUUUUCAUUAAAUAAUUUACAAUUUGAUGUAAAUAUUGUUAAUAAAUUUUUUGCUAAAGAAACAAAACAAAUCAAUAAUAAUAAUAAUAAUAAUAAUAGUGAACAACGUUCGAGAAGUUCAUCAAUUACGACAACAAUUACACGACCAUUUCAAAUACUUGAUAAAUCAUCACAAUUAACUUAUGAUGUAACAAUGCGACAUUUACUUCAGUUACUAGCAAAGAGUAACGGUAAAAACGCAACUAUUGAUGAUGUUCUUCAUGGCAUUGAUACAGGAAAUAUCGAUAACGAAUGGUAA